AUGGCCCGGAAUGGUACCAGAAGGGAGCGCCGGCCCCUGCUGGGGCAGGAAGAGGCCCCGGCCGGGGGCUUAUGGGAUGCCUUCGAGGGCCGGAAGGUGGCCUGCGCGGCUGUGCUGCUGGUGGAGAUCCUGGAGCGGGCAGCUUUCUUCGGCAUCGUCUCCAAUCUUGUCCUCUACCUCAACAGCAGCAACUUCAAUUGGGGGGGAUCGCAGGCCUCGCGGGCCGCCUUGCUCUUCCUGGGUGCCUCCUACCUGCUCUCGCCCGUCGGGGGCUGGCUGGCUGACGUCUACCUGGGCCGCUACUGGACCAUCACGCUAAGCUUCCUGCUCUACCUGGUGUCGGCCUGCCUGCUGCCCGCCACAGCCUCGUCAGACGGGCGACUCUUUCUGUGCGGGGACAUGCCGGCCUACCCGCUGCAGCAUCCCUGCCGGAACCAGAGUGGGGAGUGCCAGCAGUCGGCACCCGGCCACUACUGUGCCCCUCUGAUGUACACUGGCCUGCUGCUUCUGGCACUGGGCAUCAGCUCCGUCAAGGCCAACCUCACCCCCUUCGGCGCCGACCAGGUGACGGACCGUGGCCACGAUGCCACACGGCGCUUCUUCAACUGGUUCUACUGGAGCAUUAACAUCGGGGCGGUGAUCUCGCUGCUCGUGGUGGCCUUCAUCCAGCAGAAUGUCAACUUCUUCAUCGGCUACACCAUCCCCGCGGCCUGCGUGGCCCUGGCCCUCCUCGUCUUUCUCCUGGCUGCCCCCACCUUUGUCACCAAGCCCCCCGCGGGCAGCCAGGUCUCUGCCAUGCUCAGGCUGGCCUUCCGGGGCAGCUGCUGCAGCCGAGCGCGCCGUAUCAGGCCGGGCGCUCUCCAAUCAGAAGCCCAGGGCGCGGAUCCUCCCCCUGACGGCAAAUCUCAGCCCCGGGCUCCUUCACCCGAGGAGGAUCUUGCCAACUUCCAGGUGAUGGCGAAGAUCCUGCCGGUGCUACUGACCUUCAUUCCCUACUGGAUGGUCUACUUCCAGAUGCAGUCGACUUACUACCUGCAAGGCCUGCACCUCUUCAUCCCCAACAUCUUCCAGCACAACAGCACGGGCAGUGGCGUGGGCAGCAGCUACACGUUCCCUGAUGCCUGGCUCCUGUUAGCCAAUGUGGUGGUCCUGCUGGUUCUGGUCCCACUGAAGGAUCGAGUCAUUGACCCGUUCCUGGUGAGGCGGAAGCUGCUGCCCUCAGCGCUGAAGAGGAUGGCUCUGGGCAUGUUCUUUGGCCUCGCCUCUAUCAUUGUGGCAGGCGCCCUGGAGACCAAGAGGCUGCAGUAUGUGAAGAACAACCAGACCAUCCCGCAGCGCAUCGGAGAGGAUGUGUACUCUGCCGCCACACUGCCCAUCUGGUGGCAGAUUCCCCAGUACCUUCUCAUUGGCAUCAGUGAAAUCUUUGCCAGCAUUCCAGGGCUGGAAUUUGCCUACUCAGAGGCCCCCAAGUCCAUGCAGGGAGCCAUCAUGGGGCUCUUUUUCUUCAUAUCUGGCGUGGGCUCGCUCCUGGGCUCUGGGCUGCUGACUCUCCUCUCAGUGCCGGAGCAUGGCUGGAUGCACUGCCCCAAGGACUACGGGAACAUUAACAAUUGCCACAUGGACUAUUACUUCUUCCUCCUGGCUGGGAUCCAGACUGUGACCUUCAUGCUCUUCUUCUGGAUCUCUGGCCACUACGAGAGGCAGCAGCAGCCCAACUGCCACGCCUGCGUCGGCCGCGAAGGGGACUGA